GCGAGGGGACAAAGAACCGCGGGGAGGGGGUGAAGCCCGGACAGCCGGGCCCGCGGCGCUGAGCGCGGCGGCGGUGACGGCUGCGGCGGUGACACUGGUCGCCGCCCUGCUCGUGCUGCGGCCUGAGGACGCGGGGUCGGGGCCUGGCUCCAGCAUGGCCGAGACUGAGGCACUGCCGAAGCUUCGGGAAGACUUCAGGAUGCAAAAUAAAUCUGUCUUUAUUCUGGGCGCCAGCGGAGAAACCGGCAGAGUGCUCUUAAAAGAAAUCUUGGAACAGAGCCUGUUUUCCAAAGUCACGCUCAUUGGCCGGAGAAAGCUCACCUUCGAUGAAGAUGCUUAUAAAAAUGUGAAUCAAGAAGUGGUGGACUUUGAGAAGUUGGAUGACUACGCUUCUGCCUUUCAAGGUCAUGAUGUUGGAUUUUGUUGCCUGGGUACUACCAGAAAAAAAGCCGGGGCGGAAGGAUUUGUUCGUGUCGAUCGAGAUUAUGUCCUCAAGUCUGCAGAGCUGGCAAAAGCUGGAGGGUGCAAACAUUUUAACUUGCUGUCCUCUAAAGGAGCUGAUAAGUCAAGCAGUUUUUUGUAUCUGCAAGUUAAGGGAGAAGUAGAAGCUAGGGUUGAAGAAUUACAGUUUGAUCGUUACUCUGUCUUUAGGCCUGGAGUUCUGCUGUGUGAUAGGCAAGAAUCUCGCCCAGGGGAGUGGUUGGUUAGGAAAUUCUUUGGCUCCUUACCAGAAUCUUGGGCCAGUGGGCACUCUGUGCCAGUGACAACUGUGGUUAGGGCAAUGCUGAACAACGCAGUGAACCCAAGCGGCAAGAAGAAGGAACUUCUGGAUAAUAAUGCCAUCCAUGGCCUGGGGAGAGCCGAUAGCUCUCUCACGCCAUGACCGCACCGGAGAAACGCUUUCUACUGGAACUCAACACCCACUGCCUAAUUGGUACUUUCAGGGUCUAAAAAAAGUCAGUGUGCUUUAACUGUGGUUUCCCUAGUUUCAGCUGCCGGAUCCAGUAACAAAUUACUGUGUCCUGCACCAGCAGUGCAGAGCCUGGUCGGACGGAUCGAUACAUUGCCCAGGGAGCUUUUCAAAAACAGAGAUCCGUAGGCUCUACCUCAAAUCUCUGAAGCAGAAUCUUCAGGGUAUGAGCACAGGAACCUGUUCUUUUUCUUAAUGCUUCCCCUAAUGGUUCUGCUGCCACUGGUGGGGAGGCCUGCUUUGAAAGGCUUAUCUACACAAACGUUGUAUGUUAUGCAGAUGAUUUCUGUUCUAAAAUUGUCAUUUGUGUCUCUGAGUUACCCACUGCCAUCUGCUGUAUUUGUAUCAGUGGGCGUCUUGCUUUACUACUUCUUUACAAUGUAUAAUAAAAGCCAUUAUAUAA